CAGGGUGGUGGCGCACGCUACGCAUAUCCCAAGUAUGUCUGGUCCCCGGCCGGCGGCUGGUGGGCGGAACCCCGCUCUUGGAAGGCCAACACCAUCAUGGCUGGUGUUUUGAUCGCUGCCGCUUGUGUGCCCCUGGCUUACCUCUCCUCCCAACGCGAGGUAUGGCGCACCAUCUGUUAG